GGUGAGUUCGCCAUGGGAGUGAUUGUCGCAGCAUGGAACAGCUAACGAAGGAGAGAAGAGCGUGAAAUCUUGAUUUUUAUAUUUCCUAAACGUGCCGCUAGGGCCCUGGUACGCUUGGCCGGUCGACGCUCGCGCGAUCACCUUCAUAUCGCGCCCGACUGUACAUGAGCGUUUUCGCAUAUCACUGUAAUCUAAAACGGCCGCCGCGGCUGGGAAUCAAACCCACGACGUCGUGCUCAGCAAAUCAACGUCACACCCACUGUUCCACCUCGGCAUAAAUGCACAAAGUGUGGGCAAUUUGAUAACUCAGAAUGAAUAUGCAACCACGCUGCCGAUACGCUUCACGUGGCCAAGAAAGGAUGUCUCCGCAAGAUGUCUAUGCGGCAGCCGUGACGUCAUGGCAGAUAAUGAAUGCCGCUCUAGUUAUCGACGAACGAGCGUAUUUGCCAAGCGUGCACCGCUAGUGUCAGGCAAGCGCGCGCUGUUGCUCCUAAGGCAAAACAGAGAUGCUCAAAACCUGAGCAAGGGGCAAGGAGUGCAGAGACGAAAGAAUCUGUUCGCACGGCGCUAACUGCUUCAGAUAUUUCCUGUGCCGCUCAUUCAAGAGCAACUGCGAACAAGAUCUCCUCCCACAAGUGGCGACGCCGACACCAAGCACUCACGCCCAUCACAUUGGAAGAAUGAAUUCCUCCACCAAGGCACAGUUGUGUUUCCUACGACGCCAACUGCGACACUCGAGCGACUGCGGCCCCAGGAAAGAAUUUCUACGGUUCUGUUGGAUCAGCCAAGACGACACGGACGCCUUGAGCCGGAGAGAAUGCGAGCACCUUCAAAGACAGUGCGGCUACAUUGAGUGGCUAGUAAACGUUGGCGGCGUGACGCAGCUCAACGAACCACGAGUGUCCACUCCGGAAAGCUGUAGCGAAGACCAAGAAGACGGCGCGUCCACCUGCCCACCGCCAUCUGUCAACACUUCCGUACUGGCGUUCGACACAUCCAACAAGACGAACACUUCGCUGCGCUCUUCGUUGCCGUUCAACGUGUGCCUGGUGCUCUCGCUAAGCCCAACGCCUUGGAAGUCCGGUCGCACGCCGUCGCCUGUGGAUGCUCCGCGAAGAUGUCGUGGCCCUCUGAAAAGAGCGAACGAAAGCGUGCGCUUGACUUCGAGGCACUGGAAACCAUCUCCGAUGCUUUGGUACUACAUCUGGGACCAGCAGCAACAGCGUAGCAAAGGCGCUGCGGCAGCGCUCCGUCCGCAUCAAGUGCAGAAGUGGCUGCAAGACCGCGCGAACCGCUGCGAUCUUGCGAGCAUUAUCGUUGGUGUCGAAUCGGUCCGAUAGAACUGCUUCAGCAAACUACGCAGUUUUCGGACGCGGAACUGCAUCGCAAGCUCGCGGACUGACCCCCACCCUUCAUCUUUUAAACCUAACCAUCUGCUCAACUUUCGGGAUAUGUGCCCUUCAUAAUAAACAACUCA